CAUUCACUGUCUGUUUUUGGUUAUUUUCCUAUCUAAUCUCUAAGAAAGUCAGAGACCUACAAGAUCAACAAGAGAAUGGGUGGAGAUGCAUCAAGAGGUCGAGCGGAUAAAGCAGAGAAUGACCGCGAUCAAGCCAGAACUGAUAAACAGAUAGCGGAGAAGGACAAACGGAAAGCGGAGGUGGGCCAACAGAAAGCGGAGGUGGGCCAACAGAAAGCGGAGGUGGGCCAACAGAAAGCGGAGGAGGGCCAACAGAAAGCGGAGGAGGACAAACAGAAAGCGGAGGAGGGCCAACAGAAAGCGGAGGAGGGCCAACAGAAAGCGGAGGAGGGCCAACAGAAAGCGGAGGAGGGCCAACAGAAAGCGGAGGAGGACAAGCAGAAAGCGGAGGAGGACAAACAGAAAGCAGAGAAGGACAAACAGAACAUGGAGAAGGACAAGAAAAAGACAGAAGAGGAUUACAGGGAGCUCCUAGCUGAGAAAGUGAGAAUGGAAACUGAACAAAAGAUAAAAGAAAACCGAAGACAGAUGCUUGAGAAGGAAAGACUAAAAGUAAUAGAACACAAUAGACAGCGAGAGAAAAAUGAAAAGACCAGGAUUCAGCUGGAAAAUGCAAAAGGAAAUCAGAAAACUGUAUGAAAUGUAUCCAAAUAUUAAGGGACGAGGGCAUAAACUGUUUAAAUUAUCCACAAGGAGUUAUUGGACAACGCACACAAUCAUUGUAUACCUUUAAUAUCCACAAGAUCCGGCCUGUUUUAUUUUCCCCAAAUGAUGUGCUUAAAGGGAUAGUUCACACAAAUGACAUAGUAGUUUAAUAACCCUGUUAGUAAUCUUUGGUUUUGUUUACCUGGCUGCUGUCGCCAAAUGCUUUUCAAACCAAUGCCUGUCAAUAUCUGAGAAUUCUCUGUAGCAUUGCAAUAAAUAGAUUCUAUUGAUGCCUUAUUGUCGGAUCUCUUCUCUGACACUUCACACCAAACACAGAAUUAUCCAAACAGUUUAUUCAGGAUUUGAUGGCCAGCAUUGUGGUUAUUGCCACACCCUGACCAUAGUUUGCUUUGUAUGUUUCUAUGUUUUGGUUGGUCAGGGUGUGAUCUGAGUGGGCAUUCUAUGUUACAUGUCUAGUUUGUCUAGUUCUAUGUUUGGCCUGAUAUGGUUCUUAAUCAGAGGCAGGUGUUAGUCAUUGUCUCUGAUUGGGAAUCAUAUUUAGGUAGCCUGUUUGGUGUUGGGUUUUGUAGGUGAUUGUUCCUGUCUCUGUGUUUGCACCAGAUAGGGCUGUUUAGGUUUUCGCACGUUUAUUGUUUUGUUAGUUUAUUCAUGUAUA